AUGGCUCAAGAGAAGGAAAUGAGCAGGGUGACUGAGUGGAGAAUAAGAAUGGCAGAUGGUUCAUCUGAAGCUUUGGCUCCAGAAGCAGGGCUUGCCUGCCGAGCUUGGCUUGCUCUGAAGGGUCUGAUUAUGGGGUUGGUUUUGAAAGUGUGCAAUUUCUUCAGGAAAGCUUGGGAUUUGGGACGAAAUGAGCCUAAAAAAGUGAUUCAUUGUUUGAAAGUAGGGAUGGCACUCACUGUUGUUUCACUGUUUUACUACAUGAGACCUUUGUACGAAGGUAUGGGAGGAAAUGCUAUGUGGGCAGUUAUUACUGUUGUGGUUGUCUUUGAAAACACAGUGGGUGCAACAAUAUGUGAAAGUUUAAACAGAAUUUGCGGAACUUUUAUGGCUGGCUCUCUUGCCAUUGGCAUCCAUUGGAUAGUGAGUCAAUCAGGAAAAGAAUUCGAGCCUUUCAUCAAUGGGAUUUCAGUAUUUUUGUUAGCUUCUGCAGUUACCUUCUCAAGAUUUAUCCCAUCGGUGAAAAAGCGAUUUGAUUAUGGUGCAAUGAUCUUCGUCCUCACAUUCAGUUUAGUUACAGUGUCGGGUUACGGCCGGGUGGAUAAAUUAUUGGAAAUGACCAACGAUAGAGUAUACACCAUCAUCAUUGGGACUUCAUUGUGCAUUAUGAUAACCAUGAUUAUUUGCCCCAUUUGGGCUGGGGAGGGACUCUAUAUGCUCAUCACUCGAACAUGGACAAACUUGCAUAUUCGUUGUGUUGGAGAGUAUUUCAAUGAUAGCAGAAGCUCUUCUGAUGGUGACAAGGAAUCUGAUAAGAAAUUGCUUGGCUACAAAUGUGUUUUAACAUCAAAAGCUACAGAAGAAACCAUGAAAGAUAUCACCAAUGCUUAUCUUCAACUAGCUACUCCAUCUCGUCAACAGGUUCCUGAGUUGAUAAAGAAGCAUAUGAGCAACAUUGCUUUGAAAGUAAGCUCUGAGUCUUCAAGAGUCAUAAAAGAGCUUGCAAGGACUAUGAAGACAAUGAAGAAAUCAUCUACUAUAGAUUAUUUAGUUGGAGAAAUGAACAAUGCAGUCUUGGAGCUCCAAGAGGACUUAAAAUCUCUUCCUAAUUUAUUUAUUAAUCCGCAGCCACUACAAGGAGCUGACUGUCCUGAAAAAAGGAACCCAGGAGUAGUUGCUCUCAUGGAUAUCAUGCCACUUGUUACUUUAGUUUCUUUACUGACUGAGAUUGCUACAAGGAUUGAAGGCAUGGUUAAUGCAGUUGAAGAACUAGCUGAGAUGGGUGAGUACAAGUCUAUUGCAGAUGCGAAGAAUCAAAACCAGCCUGUUAGUAAAACUAAUGUACCUGCAGAUGAGCAUAAGGAAAAGGUGUGA